AGCCGCGGAACCAGCGAGCCAGCGAGCUAGCCGGAGCUGGAACCCCACGCUCCCGGCUCCUCUCCGUUUUUUCUCCGCGCCUGAGCCGGGCGCGCAAGGUAGGGUAAGCCGGGUGGUGCCGCGGCCGCCGCCGACCUUAUUGAUCCUGACCCCGUGUCCCAGAGUCCCGCGGACCCUUGGGUUCUGAGGUGCUCGGGCCGGGACUGGCCCAGGCGUCCAGACAGCGCUCGCCAGGAGCUCCGGGAAGCGGGAUGACAGCCCCAGGCGUCCCACCUUUCUUUCCCAGAGAACGCAUGCCCUGCAACGCGCUUCCUCGUUCCUCCUGCCCCUCUGUCCUUUGGUCAGUCUGUCUGUGCCUCUGUCUUUGUCUCAGCCUCUCAGGCUCCAUCGCUCCCUGCCGGAAUUUUGUGGCCCAGGCCCCCAGGCUGCCCCCUCCCAGGGUUCCAUCUCCAUGGUCCUGUCCCUAUCAGAGCUUUGGUCCCAGCUGCCCUGUGGGAGGCUUGCGGUCUUGACUGGUAAGGGCCUCAGCCCCCAUCUGAGUCCCUGUCUCCAUCUGCGUUGGUCUUCACGCUUGCCUCUCCUUUUUGCCUGGUUGAGCUGUUUCUUCCUCAGUAUCCACAGGAUCCCAGUCCCCCUGGCCUGACUCGGCCUCAGCGGGAGAUUAACCGUGGGGAGGUGAGGGGACAAAGUGAAGAGCCCAGUCUCUGUGGCCAGGAUGUGGGGUCCCUGAAUGAGUUUUGCCCUUCUUCAGGCUCAGUUACCCUCUCCUAGUCUCCCCAGACCUGUGUGAUUGUGACAGCCCUUGUCGGGUAGGUGUCUGGGAGAGCAGCUGGGGCACAAAUGAUGGGUGCGGAGUGAAAGAAGGAGGCGAGGGUCUCUGAGGGCCAGAGCCAGGGUGCACAGGGCCCUGAGGCUGAGGACGGGGAGACUGGAAAUGAUGACUUUUCUGCUUGUUUCUGAGCUGAAGAGAAAAUGGGAAGCCAAAAGUCUCAGUGUUCUGCGUAGAGCUAAGGUUUACAAAAGUCUUAACCUUGAGCCCUGUUUUGAGAUUUUUGACUAGAUGAACUGACCCCCAGCCCUAACACAUACAUACACUCACAUCUACUUUCCUUGUUGACUUUAGGACCUGUGGCCACUUCGGUGUCCCUCCUUGGGGCCAGACUCUCUACCUUGCUGUCUAACUUCCAGGAGCUAGAAUCUCUAUUACUUCCUCAGUCAGGGGGCUUUGAGGAUGGCUUUUUAAGAACCAGAGGCUGGGACCCUGGGGUGUUCACCUGGGCUCCAGUCUCCCUAGGAGUUGGAGACUAACUACUCUUUAAAGACUCUUCCUUCCCUCUUCCCUGGUGGGUUCUCAGCCUGCAAUGGCUCCUCUCUGGAAAUCCAAAGCUCAGGAUGGGGACUGGACCCAUCCCCUAAGUUUGUAACUGUGACUUUAUGCUGCAAAGCUGUUGACUCUGGGGUUCCAGGAGAUUUGUGUAGGGUGUUGGACAUUCUGUGACUCACAGUGGGAUUGGUGUUGGCUGGGGUCUCCUGUCUUCCGUCUGGGACUCUACUCUCUGCAGUGCUCCAACUCUGCUAAGUUUGGGAUGGGCACAGAGCUUAUCUCCAGCCCCAGAUCAGGGCAGGGCUGAGAGGCAGGCCUCGGGGAUGUCCCAGGAGCUUCUCAUCCUAGUUAGUGAUACCACCUCUCCCUGGUUCCUCAGUCCCUGUGAAAGGAGCUUGGGGGAGGCAGAGUCAGAGGGGUAGUCACUCUCAGAUUCCACUUUUCCCUAUCUGCCUGUCUGUCUCUCUCUUUCUCUGCAGGAGCUGGGUCCCUCCUCACCCUCUUCCUGUCUGUCCUUUCCUGGUCCAUUUCCACCUCUCUUUGCCUUUGCUGCUUCUACCCUCAUCCCCUAGAGGCCCAGGUCUGCUGGACCCAUCCAUCCCCUUUGUGGCCAUGGGAUCACUGCUUGGGCUUCUGGCUCUGCUGCUGCUGUGGGGUGCUGUGGCUGAGGGCCCAGCCAAGAAGGUGCUGACCCUGGAGGGGGACCUGGUUCUGGGUGGGCUGUUUCCGGUACACCAGAAGGGCGGCCCGGCAGAGGAGUGUGGUCCUGUCAAUGAACAUCGUGGCAUCCAGCGCCUGGAGGCCAUGCUUUUUGCGCUGGACCGUAUCAACCGUGACCCAAGCCUGCUACCGGGUGUGCGCUUAGGUGCGCACAUACUCGACAGCUGCUCCAAAGACACACACGCUCUGGAGCAGGCACUUGACUUCGUGCGUGCCUCACUCAGCCGGGGUGCCGAUGGCUCACGCCACAUUUGCCCCGACGGCUCUUAUGCCACCCACGGUGAUGCUCCCACUGCCAUAACUGGUGUCAUUGGCGGCUCCUACAGCGAUGUCUCCAUCCAGGUGGCCAACCUCCUGCGACUAUUUCAGAUCCCACAGAUCAGCUAUGCCUCCACCAGUGCCAAGCUAAGUGACAAGUCUCGCUAUGACUACUUUGCCCGCACGGUGCCCCCUGACUUCUACCAAGCCAAAGCCAUGGCUGAGAUUCUCCGCUUCUUCAACUGGACCUAUGUGUCCACUGUGGCAUCCGAGGGUGACUAUGGCGAGACAGGCAUCGAAGCAUUUGAGCUAGAGGCCCGUGCCCGCAACAUCUGUGUGGCCACCUCGGAGAAGGUGGGCCGCGCCAUGAACCGGGCAGCCUUCGAGGGCGUGGUGCGGGCCCUGCUGCAGAAGCCCAGUGCCCGCGUGGCUGUCCUGUUCACCCGUUCCGAGGAUGCCCGCGAGCUCCUUGCUGCCACCCAGCGCCUCAACGCCAGCUUCACCUGGGUGGCCAGUGAUGGCUGGGGGGCCCUGGAGAGCGUGGUGGCAGGCAGCGAGGGUGCUGCUGAAGGUGCCAUCACCAUCGAGCUGGCUUCCUACCCCAUCAGCGAUUUUGCCUCCUACUUCCGGAGCCUGGACCCCUGGAACAACAGCCGGAACCCCUGGUUCCGUGAGUUCUGGGAGCAGAGAUUCCACUGCAGCUUCCGGCAGCGAGACUGUGCAGCCCACUCCCUGCGGGCUGUGCCCUUUGAACAAGAGUCCAAGAUCAUGUUUGUGGUCAAUGCGGUGUAUGCCAUGGCCCACGCGCUGCACAACAUGCAUCGUGCCCUCUGCCCCAACACCACCCACCUCUGUGAUGCAAUGCGGCCAGUCAAUGGACGCCGCCUCUACAAAGACUUCGUUCUCAAUGUCAAGUUUGAUGCCCCCUUCCGCCCAGCUGACACCCACAGUGAGGUCCGCUUCGACCGCUUUGGUGACGGUAUCGGUCGCUACAACAUCUUCACCUAUCUGCGGGCGGGCAGUGGGCGCUAUCGCUACCAGAAGGUGGGCUACUGGGCAGAAGGCCUGACCCUGGACACCAGCCUCAUCCCAUGGGCCUCCGCCUCAGCCGGGCCCCUGCCCGCCUCUCGCUGCAGUGAGCCCUGCCUGCAGAACGAGGUGAAGAGCGUGCAGCCGGGGGAAGUCUGCUGCUGGCUCUGCAUCCCCUGCCAGCCCUAUGAGUACCGGCUGGAUGAGUUCACCUGUGCUGACUGUGGCCUGGGCUACUGGCCCAAUGCCAGCCUGACAGGCUGCUUCGAGCUGCCCCAGGAGUACAUCCGCUGGGGCGAUGCCUGGGCGGUAGGACCCGUCACCAUCGCCUGCCUGGGGGCCCUGGCCACCCUCUUUGUGCUAGGUGUCUUCGUACGGCACAAUGCCACACCAGUGGUCAAGGCCUCGGGCCGGGAGCUUUGCUACAUCCUGCUGGGUGGCGUCUUCCUCUGCUAUUGCAUGACCUUCGUCUUCAUUGCCAAGCCGUCCACAGUGGUGUGCACCUUACGGCGCCUCGGUUUGGGCACUGCCUUCUCCGUCUGCUACUCAGCCCUGCUCACCAAGACCAACCGCAUUGCGCGCAUUUUCGGAGGGGCCCGGGAGGGAGCCCAGCGGCCGCGCUUCAUCAGCCCUGCCUCCCAGGUGGCCAUCUGCCUGGCCCUGAUCUCAGGCCAGCUGCUCAUUGUGGUUGCCUGGCUGGUGGUGGAGGCACCGGGCACGGGCAAGGAGACAGCCCCCGAGCGGCGCGAGGUGGUGACAUUGCGCUGCAACCACCGCGACGCCAGCAUGCUGGGCUCACUGGCCUACAACGUUCUCCUCAUCGCACUCUGCACACUCUAUGCCUUCAAGACCCGCAAGUGCCCUGAGAACUUCAAUGAGGCCAAGUUCAUCGGCUUCACCAUGUACACCACCUGCAUCAUCUGGCUGGCCUUCCUGCCCAUCUUCUAUGUCACCUCCAGUGACUACCGGGUACAGACCACCACCAUGUGUGUGUCGGUCAGCCUCAGCGGCUCCGUGGUGCUCGGCUGUCUCUUUGCGCCCAAGCUGCACAUCAUCCUCUUCCAGCCGCAAAAGAACGUGGUUAGCCACCGUGCACCCACCAGCCGCUUCGGCAGUGCUGCCACCAGGGCCAGCUCCAGCGGCCAAGGGUCUAGCUCCCAGUUCGUCCCCACUGUGUGCAAUGGCCGUGAGGUGGUGGACUCGACGACAUCGUCGCUGUGAGGAUCCCCACACUCCUGCCCCCACACGGCUGCUCCCUGGAGCCCGGUGCAGACCCAUGUCCCGGGCCAGGAGGAGGAUGUGGCUGAAGCACUGCAAUAACACCCCCCCGCCCCCCAGCACCACUUACCAAUGGACUUCCUCCAACCCUCCAGAGUCAGAAAAGGUCCUGGGCCAGGGAGCCUCUAUAACCACCACCAACUGCCCCUGCAGCUGUGUCCCCUCCCUGCCAGGCCCAGGACUCGGAAGGGAGCAAGCCAGGGUCCACUUUGCCCUGGAACAGGGUGGCUGAGGACUGCAGGCCCCAGUCCCCAAUCAGCAAAGGUGCUUCCAGCCCUGCCCCUCCCUCCUUCUAGGGCCUUUUAAAUUUUUUAUAUGAGUUAUUCUGGGUUGGGGAGCGGGGUUAUUAUAGAGGCCGUUCCUCCCCCUGCACAGUAGUUUUGUCCUGUGGUUUAUUUUGUAUUAUCUGUAAAUAAAGUGUCUUUAUUUAAAAAAAAAAAAACCACUCUGCCCCUGAUCCAGGGAGGCCCCUCACCCCUGCCACAGAUUCUCAACCAUCAUUUUGCCAGUAUUUGUUCACUCUGCUUUGUGCCAAUGCUAGGACCUGGUGGCCAUAAGAUAGACCUUGUUCUGCCCAGGGACCGAAGGGUGGAGGGGAGACAGAAAAUGAAUAAGCCAUCCUCCCUUGAAAGGAGCUGCUGCAGACCGGCCAAGGCCCUGCUAGGGUGAGGGCUGGUGGUUUAAAUGGAUACAGGCU